AUCUGAAAUCAUUCGCAGCCACUCAACGGAAUCGAAAUGUGCUACAGAUAUAGUUUCAGCUUUAUUACAGUCGUGAUUCUGCUUCUGGCAGUUGGAAUCCGCGGAGCUCCCUCGGAUGUGGUGGUGGAAAAGGCGGAGGAUCCCAAUGCCCCGAAAAUCCAGCCAGAUGGUGACAUCAAAGUCCCGGAGGACUGCCACCAGCCGAAGGAAACUGGCCGCUGUUUCGCCCUGUUCUACCGAUACGCCUACAAUGUGGAUACCCAAUCCUGCGAGGAGUUCGUCUACGGAGGCUGUGCCGGCAAUAAGAACAACUUUGAAUCCAAGGAGCAAUGCGAACAGGCCUGUUUGGGCAAGUCAGUGAAUCCCACCUCGGAAUCCACAACAGAGGAAAACUCCGAAGUGACCACACAAACGAGCACCACGGCUUGAUUUAAUUUAGUUUUUAGUACUUAACACUUCGACACCCAACUUCAUACCCAAUGCAAUCACAACACAUUUCAUUACUGAGUUGACUAUUUGAAUAAAAUGAUUUGAAAACUUAAGAACGAAAUAAAA